AUGGAUAGUGUCGGUUUCAAAAAAUUCCCCUUCGUCUCCUGGAACACGCGUGGUUUGGGAGAUGAGGAAAAAUGUGUUGUGGUCCGUGAUAACCUCUCGCUUGCCUGCCCGGUUGUCGCCUGUAUUCAAGAAACUAAACUGGCUUCUCUGGACCCGUUUAAAGCGCGGUCCUUUCUUCCUCCAAACCUCUCUGUUUUUGAGGUCGUCGACACCGAUGGCUCGUGUGGUGGCAUUGCCACUGCCUGGGACCCUCGUUUCCUCGCCCUCGCCAGCUCCACCCGCCUCACGUACAGCCUCACCACUUGCUUCACCUCCACCUCCACUGACAUCUCUUUCACAAUCACAAACGUCUACGCCCCCUCUGACCACACCCUCACGCAAUGUUUUGUUGAUGAAAUGAUCACCCUUCAGGAUCAGGUUAGCGGCCCAUGGCUGAUCGUCGGCGACUUCAAUCUAAUCAGAUAUCCAAAUGAGAAGAAUAACGACAACUUCGAUCGCGGCCUUGCUGCCGCCUUCAAUGCAAUGAUACAUGUCUUGUCCUGGUUCGAGCUUCCUCUCCUCGACCACCUCUUUACUUGGACGAAUGGCCAGGCUGAGCCUGUCCUUGCUCGGCUUGAUCGCACUUUCUUCAACAACGAAUGGAACAUGAUCUUCCCUGACUCCUCCCUCGCCUCGCUCCCCCGCCCCACCUCAGACCAUCAUCCUCUGCUUGUCACGGCUUCUACCACUAUCCCCAACCCCUCGCAUUUUCGCUUUGAGAACUCCUGGCUCCUUGACCCUCUUUUCCUCCCCACCACCCUUGCCCACUGGACCAAUGGGUUGCCCGCCCGCGAUGCUGCUCUCGACCUUGCCGCCAACAUCAAGCGGUUCCGGUCUGCCGCCAAGGUUUGGAAAAAGGAGCACCGUUUCAUCCCACGCCUUGAAAACAACUGCCGUUUUAUAAUCUCGCUAAUGGAUUUCCAUGAGGAAUCUCGUGUGCUGACAGGUGCUGAAGUGGCUUUGCGCGACGAGGCCCGAGAUCACCUUGCCUUGUCUGUGUGCCGUGCGGCGGUGCAUUGGAAGCAAAGGGGGAAAUUUAGAGCUAUCAAGGAGGGGGACGAGAACACCCGCUACUUCCAUGCCAGAGCCUCGCAACGUUACAGGAGGAAUCAGAUCCGCGAGCUGGAGGUUGACGGCGAGGUCAUCAUUGAUCAUUCUGCGAAGGCGGGUGCUCUUCAUAGCUUCUACUCCAACCUGUUGGGCCGCGCCCGCCCCGCACGCUGGGCCUUCGACCUUGUCCGCCUCUACCAUGGUGCCAAGGUGGUGGAUGGGCCGGCCCUCACGGCGCCUUUCGAGCUGAAGGAGAUCAAGGCUGCUAUCGAUGGGAUGGAUCAGACCAGCGCCCCUGGGCCGGACGGCCUCGGCCCAAGUUUCUACAGAGCCGCGUGGCCCACGAUUCAAACUGGUAUGCUGCGUCUGUUUGGCGCCGUCCAUGCUCGGAACGCAAACCUGGGCGCGAUCAACCGUGCGCAUGUGGUCUUGCUGCCCAAGGCUGAUGGUAUCCUUGCCCCUGGGUCCUUCAGACCCGUCUCACUGCAAAACUCCUCCAUCAAGACGAUUUGCAAGGCUCUUACCAGUAGGCUCCAAGCUCAGAUUGGAUCCCUUGUGGAUGAAAAUCAGUCGGGUUUUCUGUCUGGAAGAAGCAUCUCUGAAAACUUUGUCUUUGCUACGGAGCUGGUCCAGUGCUGCUUCAAGCGGUUGGCUCCCUCCCUUAUCCUCAAGCUGGAUUUCUCUAAGGCUUUCGACUCAAUUGAUUGGGAGAGUCUCCGAGCUAUUAUGUUAGCGCGUGGUUUUCCCGCUGGUGUGAUUGGAUGGACAUGA